UUUCCCACCGAGUGCACAAGUAGAUACAUCACAUAAUACUGCAACACGACACACUGGGAGUGUAACAGUGCAGACAGUACCUUGUUGUAAUGGGAGGAUUUUUCAUUUACAUGACCGAUGGAUAGGUCUUGGAGAGUCAUUGGACUCAGUUCCAGGAAACCUAGAAUUGGACCCAAGGACCUACAGCGAGGCACUUCAAGAUAAAGAUGCAGAUUCAUGGAAUGUUGCAAUGAAAGCUGAAAUGGGGUCAAUGGACUCUAAUCACAUAUGGGAUCAUAAUGUUAUCAUGUAUUCAAUAAUGUUAAACUUUCUCAAUGUUCAGAUGCCGCCACGUAGGGAACCCGAUCAUCCGGCUCCUACUCAGGCUACUGUAGUCGCACAGUUUCGCGACUAUCACGCUGAAACAUUCUCAGGGCAGGGAGAUCCCCGCAUUGUAGAUGAAUGGAUUCAGGGCUUGGAGUUUAUCUUUGAGGUCAUGGAAUGCCCCGAUAGAUAUCGCGUAAUCUGUGCUCAGCUUCAGCUCACUGGUGAUGCUAGGCUCUGGUGGAAUGCUUACUGGAGCAUGCGUCCCGGUGAAAAAGCGGGAUGUACGUGGGACAUGCUCAAGGAGCUAGUCCGCGAAAAGUACUACCCCUCCUAUUAUCGGGCAGAGAUGGAGCGUCAGUUCUUAGCGCUCCAGCAGGGCACUCAUACAGUUGAUGAGUACGAGAGAGAGUUCACUAGACUUGCAGCUUUCGUACCGGACCUGGUUGACACGGAGGCCCAGAGUGCACAGCGGUUCAUCGACGGGCUUUACCCAGCAGUCC